AUGGUUGGGAAAAAAGCUAUUGGUAUUGACCUUGGAACAACAUAUUAUUGUGUGGCUGUGUGGCAACAUGAUCAAGUUGAGAUCAUACCCAAUGAUCAAGGUAAUAGGACUAUGCCAUCUUGUGUUUCUUUCAACGAAGUCAGACGUCUAGUAGGUGAAGCUGCUAAGAUCAAGAUGUUUGUGAACCCCACCAACACAGUUUAUGGUUUGUAUUUUAUUGUCCAUUGUUAUAGGCAGUUUGAGUUUAUAAAAGUGUCUUUAUUCGUAAUUGAUUAUUACAUACUUGGAUUUUCAAAUGCAAAACGAUUGAUUGGGAGGAGAUUUUAUGAUGCCAAGAUUCAGGAAGACAUGAAGUUAUGGCCUUUUAAAGUUAUAAAAGGGACUAACAACAUUCCAAAGAUUGUACUUGAAUACAAUGGUGAAAUGAAGGAGUUUUUUGCAGAGGAAAUUUCAUCCAUGGUUCUUGUGAAACUAAAAGAAGUUGCAGAGGCAUACCUUGGUGAAACCGUAAAGGAUGCAGUCAUCACAGUUCCAGCGUAUUUUAAUGAUUCACAACGCCAAGCCACAAAAGAUGUUGGUCAUGUGGCUGGACUUAAUGUUCUACAAAUAGUCAAUGAACCUACAGCUGUUGCAAUUGCUUACGGAUUACACUUGAAAACUGAUAUAAGUCAUGGCACAAAUGUGCUCAUCUUUGAUUUGGGUGGUGGUACAUUUGAUGUCUCUCUUGUCAACAUUAAUAACAACGGUACGAUAACUGUGAAAGCUGUUGCUGGUGACACUCACUUAGGUGGUCAGGACUUUGAUAAUGCAAUGGUGGAACAUUUUGUGAUGCAAUUCAACCGAAGGCACAAGACAGACAUGAGUAGGGACAUAAAAGCAAUGGGGCGGUUGAGGGUAGCUUAUGAAAAAGCAAAACGAUCACUCUCUUCAACUUCUUCAACUACUGACGCUCCUAUCGAAAUUGAUGAUUUGCAUCAGGGUAUUGAUUUUUCUAUGCGAAUAACUCGUGCAAAAUUUGAACAUCUUAAUGGGGAUUUAUUUGGUAAGUGCAUACAGUUGGUGGGAAAAUGUUUGGGUGAUGCUGAAAUGAACAAGAAAAAUGUAAAUGAGGUAGUUCUAGUUGGUGGGUCAACUAGGAUACCUAAAAUACAACAAUUGUUGAAAGACUUCUUCAACGGGAAAGAGCUUUCUAAGAAGAUCCCUGCUAACGAAGCAGUUGCAUAUGGUGCAGCAGUUCUUGCUGCAAAAUUAAGUGGUGAAAGUAAUCAAAAAGUGAAGAACUUAGUGUUGUUGGAUGUGGUCCCUCUUUCACUUGGUGUAAGUAUUCAUGAUGACUCUUUAUCUGUUAUAAUCAAAAGAAAUUCCCCAAUACCAGUCAAGCAGGAAAGAAUCUAUGUUACAAGUGUGGAUAACCAAAGUGCUAUUACUUUUGAUGUCUAUCAAGGUGAGAAAAGUAGAGCUAUAGACAAUGACUGGUUGGGGAAAUUCCAAGUUGCAGUACCAGUUGCACUAAAGGGUAUGUCAAGGGUAAAUGUGGUAUUUGAAAUUAAUGUUAAUGGAAUUUUAAAUUGCUCAGCAGAGGAGUUAACCACUGGCCUAAAGAAAAAAAUUAGAAUCAGCGAUGACAAGCAGAGACUUUCAAAGGAAGAGAUCGAAAAAAUGUUGAAAGAUGCUGAAAAGUACAAACUUGAUGAUGAGGAGUAUAAGAAGAAACUUUUUGCACAUAAUCUGUUGGAGGAAUAUAUUUACGAUGUGAAUGCCAAAAUCAAAAGCAUAGGAAGUAUUGAUAACACAAAGAUCCCAAAGGAAGAAUUGGUAAAAAUGGAAAAUGUGAUAAGGAGCGCAAGCCAAAUUCUUGAUCUAAGCAAACUUGCAGAUGUUGAUAAGUAUGAGAAAACACUAAAUGAACUGGAAAAUGUAUGUGUUCCAAUCAUUGCCCAACUUAUGAAGUAA